AAAUAAAAUGACAAGAAAAAGAAAAACACGGACAUCUUGGCUGAAGUUGAAAACUCUUCUGGAAGCGCAUAGUGUCUCUUCAGACACGUGCCUAAAGGCUCAGGUUCUUAUCUCCUAUUAAAGAAGCUGAAGAAUCGAAGUACCAGUCAUGGCGAAGUUGGGUUUUCUUAUGUGUAUGCCAUCCCCACUCCCACCCCAUCAAAAUCGUCCACCUUCAAAUUCAGACAACACCUUUUGUUUAACAAGACGACAAUCUUUUAUCUUUACCUCUUCUUUGCUGUCCUCUUUUUUGCUUAUGCGUCAAAACCCAAAUCUUUCCUCUUUUCCAUCUGCCAUUGCCCAAGAACUGGAUGAACUUGAUCAAGACGAAACUAGAGCCGUUAAAAUCUUCCAGGAAACUUCAUCCUGUGUUGUUUUCAUCAAGGACCUUGAAUUAACUAAAACAACAAAGAGCACUUCUGAAGUUGGGCUAGCUGAGGAAGAGAACGCAAAAGUGGAAGGGACUGGUUCUGGUUUUGUCUGGGAUAAGUUUGGUCACAUUGUAACUAACUAUCAUGUAGUAUCCAAAUUGGCGACAGAUAGAAGUGGCUUACAACGUUGUAAGGUAUCUUUAGUUGAUUCUGCAGGCAACAACUUUACUAGAGAAGGCAUUCUCAUUGGUUUUGAUCCAGACUAUGACCUGGCUGUUCUUAAGGUUGAUGCGGUAGGAAAUGAGUUAAACCCAGCAACUAUCGGCACAUCUCAUGAAUUACAAGUUGGGCAGAGCUGCUUCGCAAUUGGAAAUCCAUAUGGAUUUGAGAACACUCUAACUACAGGGGUUAUCAGUGGAUUAGGCAGAGAGAUACCGUCUCCAAAUGGAAGGGCCAUUCGAGGAGCAAUCCAAACUGAUGCUGCUAUUAACGCUGGGAAUUCAGGUGGACCGCUAAUUGAUUCAUAUGGCCAUGUUAUUGGAGUCAAUACAGCAACAUUCACUCGCAAAGGUAGUGGAAUAUCCUCUGGGGUGAAUUUUGCAAUCCCAAUUGACACAGCUGUCCGCAUUGUGCCUUACCUUAUUGUGUAUGGAACUCCAUAUACUGACCGUUAUUGAAAGCCAUUUGCUCCCUGUUACUAUCAACUUCCAGCUAAGUGGCUUCCAGAGAUGAUAAUGUGCUGUGUAAAUGUUACAGGCAUGCAGUGGAAGACAUCGAUAAUUUUUACUUUUCUUGUUCUCCGGCUUCUGUUUUAUGGGUACGGAGAGGGAGGAGAGUUAUCCAUGUUCAUUAAUGACCGAAUCCUGCAUGAGCUGCUCCUUGUGCAAGUAUGUGGAUUAAUAUGGUUUAUAUCCGUAUAAUCUUGAGCCCGGCAGUUUAAUACUUCA